AUGCUCGACAACAUCAACAACCUCGCCAUCUACAUCCCCAGUCUCUUUCACUACGUGUCAGAUUCGGACGACGACAUGGCCUCACCCACAGAAUCCCGCCGCGGCACCUCCCAGAGGAGGGACUCGUCCAGGUCGAGCAGCCGCCGCCCAAGGCUGCUACGCUCCAGCGCGACAGAGCCCUCCAUCACCCCGUCGACCGCGAGCCGGAACGCCCUGGCCGCCCCCGGCACCAGCCGCCGCGCGACAGACCUGCUGAACCAGGUCGCCAUCUCAACCUCACCACCAAACUCGUCAUCUCCCCUCUCCCAGAGCCCGACCAUGUACGACAGCCCGGCCAGGAUCGCCAGGGAUCAUCAUCAUCACCAUCAUCAUGCUGAUCUCGAUGCGUUCCGCCCCCACCUGGACUCGGGGCGCUAUUUCAGUUUCCCUAGCUUCGACACCUGGCAGCCUGACCUCCCUGAGGAGGAGCGGGAGCCCCAGAUGCAGGUGCAGAUGCAGUCGCCCUGA